AUGUCAGACGGAGAAAAACCGAGUUUCACCAGAGCAGAAAACCGUUUAGGCAUAAAUGACAAAUCUAUCCAGCAUCAUGCUGACAAAUCCGCCGAGUAUAAGUGUUUUGGUGGUUGGCUUAAUGAAGAUAAAGAACAGUUAGAUAUUAAGACUAUUGAGGAGGAUGUUUUAAAAGAAUUACCGAAGUUAGAAAAAUUAGAACAAGAAAUAAAAGAAUUAGAAAAAAAAGAUAACAAAAGUGAGGAGGAAAAAAACGAAUUAGCCCAAAAAGAAACCGCUUAUAAAAAAGAACUGACAGCAGCCAAAGAAGCCACUUGUGCCAACAUUCGUCAACAGUUAAAAAAAAACGAAUUAGAGAUUACCGACUUAGAUAGUAAAAGAAACAUAAGGCAAAGAAUGUGA